AUGAAGUAUAAGAUUCAGCGAGAAAUCUCAACUCUGACUCAAGGUAAUUGUUCAGUGAUGGAGUACUUUAAUAAGCUCAAAAAAUUAUGGGAUGAAUAUGCUUGUAUAGUGCCUGUACAAUUCUGCAAUUGUGAAAAGGGAAGGAUAAUCGAGCAGCAAAACUCUGAGGCUAAGUUGAUUCAGUUCCUUAUGGGACUGAGUGAUGUAUAUGAUAGCUUGAAAAAUCAGAUUAUGCUUCUAAAUCCACUGCCUAAAGUGAACAAAGCUUACUCUAUGAUACUUACAGCAGAAAGGCAGAAAAAUGUCCAAAAUGAUAUUGGGAAUAAACUGGAUAAUGUGGCUAUGGUUGCAAAAAUGGAUUGCUAUGGGAGAGGGACUUAUGGACAAAGUAAAGGAGCAGGAUCUGGAGGAAGAAGUUGGCAAAAUGGAGGGCAAUGGAGUGGUGGAAGAGGUAAAGGCACACCAAGGCUGACAAAAGAAGAAAAGUACAAAUUAAUAUGUGAAAAAUGUGGUAUGAAUGGGCAUACUAUUGCCACUUGCUUUAAAAUCCAUGGAGCACCAGAUUGGUACAAGGAUAUGAAGGAGCAACAAGGAAAAGUUGAUUCUAGUCUCAUACCUGAGUCUUGGUAUGGCUUUACGGCUAAUUUAGGCAUCAGUAUGUCUCCGGCGAACUAA